AUGCGGAAACUAGUCAUUCCCAAAUACUACGGUCGUCCCUCGAUUGGUUUGGCUCUUUUUGGCUGUGCAAAUCGUCCAUUUUAUCACGUCUGUGUUUUCCCUGACAGGGCUUUAGGGAGGAGAUACGAGGGAAACAUUAUUGAGCAGGUCGGGAGUUUUGACCCUCUGCCGAAUUCGAGAAACGAAAAGUUGGUAUCUCUUAAUUUUGGUCGGCUUAAGUACUGGAUUGGAGAGCGGAACGCUCACAUAUCUGUACCCGUAUUAGAACUGCUAGGACUUUCUGGACUGUUUCCUAUUCAUCCAAAAACGUUCAUUCGAGCCAGGCACAACAGGGAGCACGCCGGAAAUCUUGAGGGGCAGCCUAGCGAAAAAUUUGGGGAAGAAGCUACCAAGCAAGUUGGGGAUAAAGUUACAUCGGAUAAGCGACCACUUUCUAAUCAUUUUGCAUUUCUACUUUUCCACUUGGUAUUACUUUGUUCAUGCGAUCGAUGUUACGAAAACGUUAAAAUAAAUUACAAUGAAAGUUUAUUCACUUCCGAUUCUGUGUACAGUGUUAUUGGAACUUCUCGAGCUUGUGUUGACAGCUACGAAGCGAGAUUUCUUUUUGGUGCGGAGCAUGAACUUCCUUCUUGUCCUGUUGGUUUGCUGUCAGUGGAGCUCAGUCCAGUUGCUCAUUUCGACAACAUGAAUCAAGUGUAA